UAUCAGAAAACCACUUAAUUAAUAGUAUGGAGUCUUCCUCUUGGCCGGAAAGUUUACCAAGUAAUAGGAUCAAAGCAAUUCAAGAGCUCAAAGACGGUCAUAUAUUAACCGAUAAGCUUCGUGAAGUGCACGGUCGGCCGGAAAAGAUCGAAUCUGAUCUCGAGGCUGUCAACAAUGUUGUGAUACAAAUCUUGGGAAUGUUUGAUAGCACCCUUUCAAUCCUGCGCUCUUCUAGCCUCAACGGGAGUCAUCAUAAUCCAAAUGAUAUGAGAUGUAUAAACGACUGGGAUGCUAAGAAGCCAGGCAAUUUCGGUGAAAGAACCAAGAAGAGUACAACACGCCUGAAUACAAAAACAGGAUGGAAGAAAAACAGAACAAAUAUCUCUACAGUUACACAUAUUACUUCUACUUUCGUCGAUGACGGAUAUGCUUGGAGAAAAUACGGUCAAAAAGUGAUUCUCAACUCGAAAUACCAAAGGAACUAUUAUAGGUGCAGUUACAAGUUUGAACAAGGAUGUCAGGCAACCAAACAAGUUCAAAUGAUUGAUGAUGAGCUACCAAAGUACAAGAUAACAUACUGUGGACACCACACUUGCAAUAACUUACAAAGAUCUCAAAUAGUUGUAGAAGCACCAAGUCCUAGUGAUAAUUCGGUCCUAAUUAGUUUUGAAACAAAUGCACUCAUGGAAAAAAAUAAAGUUGGAACUUGUUUCUCUUCAGUGAAACAUACACACAAGGAGGGUUUUCCUUCUUUAGAUCAUCUGAAUUAUGAACACGUUUCUUCAUUUGAUUAUCAUAGUUCGUGCGGUUCGAUCGCUGGACUCUCACAAGUUUCGUCAGAACCUAUGUCUUUGAUACCUAGAUUAUAUUGUGAGGGGAUGGUAUUGCCGCGGGUCUUUCCGUCUACAUGCAGUAGUACACAUGGUUAUAAGAACGAUGCUAAGAUUGAAAACCAUGACUACGGUGACUUUCAUUUCUAAGUGUGUCAAUAGACAAUAGCUUAUUUGUUACUUUUCACAAGAUUAUGUAAUAUCUCAACAUAUAUAUAGAUAGAUAGAUGGG